AUGUCCAAAGUUUCUUGUGGCAGAUCAUAUUUUAAUGAUCUGAUGCCGCAAUAUGCUGGAUACUGUGAGGUUAUGAAAAUCAUAUAUCGCCUCAAGGCAGAAAGAAUCGAAGAUAUUAAUAAUAUUCAUAAAAUGAUUGAAGAAAGAUUGAUAUCAACAAAAUUUUUCACACCGGAUAGCAUUUUAUCUCUUUUAAUCGAUGCACUAACGUACAAUAAUGGUAAUUUAUGGGCAUAUUAUAUGCUUUACAAAAAGAUUUUGGAAUAUUAUAAUGAUGAGAGUUUCAGCAAUUCUAACAUCUCAUUUUUUGAAAAUCUGGCUUCUGAGCACGAAUCAUUAUGCAUACAUAAAGAAAAUACAAUAUACAAAGCUAUUAUGGAUGAUAACAAAGAAUUAUUCAUAGCAAUUUCACAAAAUCAAAAUUUCAAUGUUUUUCAGGUGCUAAAUAAUAGUAACUAUCCUCACUGUGAUCAAUCUGGUUAUUCAUUGCUUGAAUUAUGUUGCUAUCAUGGAGCAGUGGGUUGUUUUAAAUACCUGCUUACAGAAUAUGGCUUGAAUAUUACUCAGACUUGUCUUCAGUUUUCGUUUUUGAGUGGUAAACCAGACAUCAUGAGUAAAUGUUUACAAACUAUUAAUCCAGACAAUGAAUGCAUGCGAUAUGCAAUCAUUUCGCACAACAUCGAUUUUGUAACAUUCCUGAUGGAUGAAUAUAAAUUAGAAAUUGAUAUAUAUUGUUGUUGCAGAAACUGCAAUCUCCAAGUAUUUUUUGCAUACUUGGACCAAUCUCAAGAUAUUAACAAUACUUUUAUAUACUCAUCAUGCUUUAAUAUCCCUCAACUCUGUGAAUAUUUCAUUUCGCAAGGUGCAAAUCUCAAAGCAACGACUGAAAAUUAUAGCACAGCUCUUCAUUAUGCUGCAUACUUUAAUUGUUUAAGUUCUCUAAAAUACCUCAUUUCAAUUGGAGCUAAUGUUAAUGCAAAAACAUAUUAUUUAAAGACACCUCUCCAUCUAGCAGCAAAAUUUAAUAACUUAGAAAUUAUAAAAUUUCUCCUUUCACAUAGGGCACGAGUUAAUUCCAAGGAUUCAAAUCGAUAUACUGCUCUUCAUUAUGCAGUGGAAUGCAAUCAUAAAGAAGUAGUGGAAUAUUUAUUAGAUAAUGGAGCAAAAAUCAAUACAAAAACUUUGACCAAAACUGUUUUCCAUAUUGCAGUUUAUAAGGAUUUAAAUGAUAUUGUUGAUAUUCUUAUUUCACAUGGUGCAAAUUUAAAUAUAAAAGAUAUUAAUGGUAAAUCUAUGAUUCAUUAUGCUAUUAAAACUGAUAAUUAUGAAUUAUUCAAUAAAUUUGUUGCUCAUGGUGCUUCUCAUGAAAUCAAAGACAAUAAAAAAAGAACUUCACUCCAACAUGCAGUCGAGAAAAAUAAUAUGAAUUUUAUCAAUAUCCUAUUGGAGAAUAAUGCAAAUAUCAAUGCAAAAUAUAUUGAUGAAAGGAGCAUUCUUCAAUAUUCAAUUGAGAAUAAUCAAGACGAAUUAGCAAAAGUGCUAAUUCUAAGUGGAGCAAAGAUAAACACAAAAAGUAAUAUUGGGAGAACUCCGCUUCAUUCUGCAAUGCUUGCGAAUAAAGAUGAAAUUGUUGGCUUGCUUUUAUCACAUGGAGCAAAUCUAAAUGCAAAAGACAAAUCAAAUCAGACUCCCCUUCUUAUUGCAGUUGAAAAACAACAUUUAUCCUAUAUAAGCCAACUUGUCUCAAAUGGUGCAAAGCUUAAUACAAAAAUCUUGUAUGAUGGGGAUACUGUCCUUCAUACUAUUGCACAAUAUAAUUACAUUGAAGCUGCUGAAAUUCUAAUUCCUCACGGUGCAAGUGUUAAUGCUCGAAAUAAAAUCGGACGUACUCCAUUACAUGUUGCCACAUUGUAUAAUCACAAAUCAAUGAUGAAACUUCUUUUAUCAAAUGGGGCAGACAUUAAUGCAAUUGAUAAGUAUCAUCAAACUGCCCUUCAUUUAAUCGCUGAUUGCGAAAAUUAUGAUUUAGUAGACUUCCUAAUUUCAUCAGGCAUUAAUAUAAACUUAAAAGAUAAAGAUGGAAAUACAGCUUUUCAUUAUGCUGUAAGAACUACAGAAACAACAACAGCAGAAUAUCUUUUAAGAUCUGGGAUAGAUAUUAACACCAAAGGUGGAAAUGAAAUGAUAGCGCUUCAUUUUGCUGUCCUUCAUUUUGCUGAAACUCCAUUGAAUUUAGAGAUGAUAGAAUUUCUUAUUAAUAAUGGAGCUGAUAUUAAUGCACGAGAUGAAGAUGGUAAAACUGUGCUUCACUAUACGGUUGAACAAAAUAUAAUAUCUUUAGAAGAAUAUUUUCUUUCACAUGGAGCAGACGUAAAUGCGAAAGAUAACUAUGGAAAAACACCUCUUCAUUAUAUAAACAAAAGAAAUAACAUUACAAUUUUCAAUCUUCUGAUUUCUUAUGAUGCGGACGUCAACGCAAGGAAUGAAAAUGGAAACACACCUCUUUAUUUUGCGAUAUGUCAAAAUAGAGAUGACAUUUCUGAACUUCUUGUAUCAAAUAAUGUCGAUAUCAAUGCAACAAAUAAUUAG